AGGAAAAAUAUCAAAUAAACUUAUUAAUUUAUAUAUAUAUUUUUGUAUGAACUUCUUUAGUUUUAUUCAUUUUCCAUAAAUAUUCCUAACAUUCUUAUGUUGUUUCAUCAUCUCGUUCCCGCCAAACUAUGGUCUGUGCCCUGCGGUUGCCCAUAAGUUCCCAUCUUUUCAUAGUUCGUCGCUUGAAGUCCUCAACUGCACCGCCGACUCUCUCUCUCGCGCGCGCAGUAGAACCAUAGUCUCACAGGAUAUGGAUACCUCAAACCCUGCAGUUUUUGUCAACGCUGAAUUAUUGAAAUUGCACAUCGGAAGAAAGAUUCGAGCAGUUUUUCAAGUUACCAAAAGUGAUGGUGGAGUUGUCACAGGAAAAUCUACGGAUGAACAAGAGUUAACUGUACAUGGCUUGCCCAAAGUCCCUCUCAUGAAUUUUGUCGAGGUGAUUGGUAUCGCUGAGAGCAACAAGAUCAUCAAUGUUGAACAUUCGACGGACUUUGGAAACACAUUUGAUGCACAAUCUUACAAUCAGCUGUGCCAACUUGCAAAUGGGGAAUUCAAAAGUAUAUUUCUGUAAGGAGUUGUAUCUACGCAAUGAGAAGAGGUACAAUCUGUUCUGUGAUUUUGAAUCAGCAGUGCCUUUUACAGCUAUUUCGCCAUGUUCUUAAUCCUAACAAGUUUUCCUGUACGUCAGUGAAAACUAUAGCUUCUAUGCUUGUAUUGUAACCCAUCUGACGUGUUUAACUUAUUAAACUGCGGUAAACCUAUUCCAACCAUGAUGUUUAUUUUGGCUAUUGUGUGAGCCACAAGGUGCACAGAAGUUUUAUUUUGAUGUUCUAAAUUGGGAAUGAAGUUCAUAUUUUCAUGGA